GGGGGGGGGCGGCCGCGCGGAUGAUGACGGGGCCGGUGGGCAGCCCGGUGGCUGCCGUCAUGCAGGAGAACUUCGGGUGCUCCGUGGCCAAUCGCUUUUACCAGCUCCUGGACGACGAGUCGGACCCGUUCGACGUCCUGCGCGAGGCCGAGCGCCGCCGGCAGCAGAAGAAGAAGUCAACCAGAAGACUUCUGGGCUUUAUAUAUGGUCAGGGGGCUAUCAACUUAGUAGUUGAGAAUGACCAACCUCUGGGGAAUGUCCUUGUACCCCCACAGUUUGGCAUAAAGCUUCUAAUAGUAUAUGUGUUUCUAGAAGAGUGCGCCUCUUUUGGUAAUUGCAAUUGUGUUGCUGUUGAGCUGUCAGUAAUCCCUGCUUGUGUUUGUGUAGGCCUAAAGCGAGCACCCAGGCAGGGAGAACAAGGGCUCAGCAACAGAAGCACAGAGGGGAAACAAGACAAAACUGAAUGGAGACCGUCUUUCAGGGAAUACCGUCCCUAUGGAGCACAAAGACAAGUGGAAUUCUCAGUGGAACGACCUGUGGAAAGAUUAGACUAUGAAAGACCAAUAAGAGGUCGUGGUGGAGGAAGAGGUGGAAUGAGAGGCAGAGGAAGAGGUGGUGGAUUAAAUGGAAAUUUUGGUGGGUUUGACCAAAGAAGAAAACGAGAACAAAGUGGGAAUGAUAAAACAGGAGUGAAAGCAGAUGACAUAAAGGGAGGAGGUGGAGCUCGCAAUUGCAGAACACUUAAAGAUAAUGCGAGUGGGAUGGAACAGACUGCAUACAUGGAAGAGGCUGUGGAAACUCCUGAACAGCCAGGGACAUCUGAAGGAGAGCCUCUGAGCAAACCUGCUGAAGGACAGCCAAUGGAAGAAGUGGUUCAAGAAAUGACAUUAGAUGAGUGGAAAAAUCUUCAGCAACGGAAUCGACCAAAGCCUGAAUUCAACAUCCGGAAGCCAGAAUCCACUGUUCCUUCCAAAGCAGUGGUGAUUCACAAGUCAAAAUAUAGUGAUUAUAUGCAAAAAGAAGACUUUGAAGAUGAUUCUCAUGUCUUUCGAAAGCCAGUGAAUGAUAUAACUUCUCAGCUGGAUAUUAAUUUUGGGAGUCUUCCUCGCCCUGGCCGUGGAUCAAGAGGAGGACGAGGUGGUCGUGGUCGUGGCAGAAGAUCUGAAGAAACAGAGCCUCGACCAGAAGUAGUGGUGCAGCUUGUGGCUCCAAAUCCUGAUGAUCCUGAGGAUUUUCCCGCUUUAGCUUGAAGACCCAUCAUGAAGGGUGGUAUCUGAAAGUCACUUUGUAACUAUGAAGAGACCAGCUCUAUGCUGGUGUGGAUUAAGGAAGCCUGUUUGUUUCCUUUUGGAAAGUUGUUUGGGUGUUUGGUGUGGAAUGAUUACAGCUGUCUGCUCAUAGAGUUGGGUUCUGGAAAUAUGGGUGGACUGGGAUCCUGUCACAGGUUCCAAUGUCUGCCUCCGUUUGUGAAACCUAUGGGAAAGCUUACAGUACUUCCCUACUAGGCUUCAAGUGAAGUUAAAGGGAAGAGUGUUUAAAAAAAUAUAUAUAGAGAUUAUAUCAAGUUCUCCAUGACACCAUGGUGACAUGUAAACUGUACAACACGAUCUACAAUUGGGACUCAAUUUCACUGUACAUUUAAAAGCUGUUUCCUCUGGGUGAAGUGUAUACUUCAGACAGUUGCAAGUUGCAGUUCUUCAGUUUGGCAAAUAAAGAAAAGUGCACAUUGGUUUGGGUUUGAGGUAUUAUUUUAAGAAUUUAGUGGUAGGUAGAAGCUUUUGCUGUUUGGAUGUAGUCUGGGGGAAUAAAAGUGGGGGGAAAAACCCAAACCCUAACCAGCAAUCUGUACUCACCAAAAAAGUGAACAUCUCUCUAAAUGGAAAUGAUCUUUAAAAUCAAGGCAACACAGAUGCUUUGAAUCCACACCUAAGCAUAAAUUCUACUUUAGUAACAAGAUAUAGUCUGUAAUUACUUUGAAGAUUAAGUAAAAUAAGAAUUUUCAUCUAAAGAGAACUAAAUUAUUAAGGAAGCUUUUAAUUUUAGCAGGAGCAAGUGCAAACUAAAAUGUUUCAUGCCUUACCAAGAAAUUUGUGAUAUUGGGGAUGAGAAGCAAUGUUCUUUCAUUGCAGCUUUAACAUACUUGAGCCAGAUUUUCUAACUGUUUCCUGUCCAAGGGGACACUGAGAGCCAUUUUGGGGGAUCUGAGAGAAACAAGAAAAUGGUGCCAGAGGUGAUGACAGAAAGAAAUGAGAAGAUAAACACUCUGGACAUUUUGGAAGUAGCUGUCAGCCUCAUAGGAGUCUUCAAAUGCCUGCUCAACUUGAACACGUUCUUUCAAUUUACUAGGAAAGCAGAUGACUAUAAACCUUUCAUGUUUUCCAGUUCUGUGCCUCACUUCUAGGCAGUCUCAUUUGAGAGCAACUAGUGGGUACUUAGAAAAAAAAGUUUUGCUUUGGAGUAAGCUCUGAGUACUCAGAAUCUUAAAAGACUUUUCUCACUUAUAAGGCUUUACUCAAAUAGGCUGUAUUCAUCCUAGAAAGAUUCUUUUCUAUAUGCUCCAAACAGAUGGUCUGCAGAGUAGUUCAGCCCAAAGGAUUUUUUUUACACUGUUAAAUUACUUAUAUGACAAUUUGCUAUAACUUGAGAUUUUGUAUUCUUCAAGAAGUUCAUUGUAGUGGCAUAGAGAUGCUCUGACUUGUAGUAGGAAGAAUGUGCAAAAACAAAGUGCUGGUGUUAGAGGAACCCAUGCUACUACUUUUUGAGCAACUGAACUGGAUGGAAUAACGCAUGACUCCUUCACUCUGUGGUUGCAAGGUGUUACUUGAAAUCACUGCAGUUUAAGAUUUACCUGAUGCUGCCCUUUUUACAACUGUUGUUUGUUUCUGCCAAAAAUGGCAAUUGAAUCAAUGUGGAUUAGAAGUGAUUUUGUCUGUGGGGUUCUUGGAAUAUUUUGCUUGUUCUUCCCUUCUUGUUCCCAUUUUCCCCUUGGACAAGGAAGAAUUUUUAUGUAUAUUUUUAUUUGCCGGGGUGAGUGUAUGCAUAGAUAUGUGGAGAGCUUCUUUGCAGGGCUUUCUGCUAUUUCCCGUCAUGUUUUGAAUGUAGCCUUCUACUAAGACCUCUUUUUGCUAAGGAAAGAGUUAAUAUACAAAGUAAUAUAAAAGUAACCCAUCCUUUUUGUACUAAAAAUUUAAAUCUUUGCUAUGUUGUGCUACGGGGCUCAAUCUGCUGUAAUGCAUUCAGUUUAGUUCUGACUGUGCUCUUGGAAGGCUUACAGAAUUGUUUUAUUUUUCAAUCUUCUUCCUGCUGUAGCAAAGUUACUGUUUGUUCCUCUUUGAUCUGCCUUUCAAAACAGAAUGCCAAAUAAGUUCUUUGGGGAAUGCUUUAAAGGACUUGUGAAAAUAUAUCUGUAUAAUCCACUUUUGGCCAGUAGAUUGUGAACUCCUGGUUGAGAGGAAAAAAGGCUGGUUACAAGACUGUUUAAUUAAAAACAAAACAAACCAACCAACCAAAACUAAAAAAUAAAACCCACCAAUCCAAAACUUUGUGAGAAUGCAAUUUCGUGUAAAUGAUUACUUAAACCAGAAGUUUCUUAGAGUACCUAUGUGUGACAAUUUUAUUUUUCAGUUUGUCAGACUUGAAUAUGGCUUAACAGUUUCUCUAGUUGAUGGUAUACCCAAGAAAUAGAAAAGAAAUUAUUAAUUGUAAGUGAUGACAGUGAUGCAAUUUCUUUGCCUAGCUGUGGUAACAGAACUGUCUCAGUCAUCUGUCAUAUUUAAGGUACCAAAAUAGCUGUAUCUGUUAAGCACAGGUUUGCUGCUGUCACUCCUGGUGUAGCUUUACUCCUUCAUGUAAAGCAGUUGGCAGCAGGUGUAAAUACAUACAUAAACACUAGUAGAACAUGGCAUGCACAUUAAGAAGAGAUAUCUUAGUCAUGUUAUUCUUUAAUGCACUACUACCAGCUACUCUUCGGAUUAAUGUAGUGAGUGGCCUAGGAAAAAUUGCUACAUUUCAGGCUUCAGUUUUAGAUUCAUGUAAGUCGCAGUAAGUUUGCAAAGAAAGGAAUUUGCCGCUCUCCAUGACUUUAAUUUAUAUAUGAUAGUGUUGAUGCCACUUAGUUCAGUUGAAUCAUAUGCAGUACUAUAGUUUAGGAUUGGCAAGCAUGUAUUAAUAUGAAAGUGCCUUUAAAAGAAAGAGGAGAAAAAUGUCUGUGCUCAAGAUAAGAAUACCAAAGAAUGAAUAAAAAGACUCAGAAGUAAAUACCCCUGAGUUGAUAAAUAGGAAUAUUGGGCAUUUGACCCCAUAGGAAAUGAGCUUUCAGAUGGCUACAUUUUUUGUGUAUGAAAACAGGCCUUGGUGUUGAAGUGUGCUUUGGGCCCAAAUGCUAAAUCUGUGCCUCUAGUACACUUAUGCCAUUAAGAUUAUUUUUAAUCUUAUAUUACACAAUUUUCACAUAAUUUUUCCUUUUUUUUC